UGGGAUGGAUCCAAUCAGCAGAAGACAUGUUUGGGACAUUAUCGAAAAUGCGAAGAAGGGACGAGCUAUAGUCUUGACAACUCACUCCAUGGAGGAAGCCGACAUAUUAAGCGAUCGCAUUGCCAUCAUGGCGAAGGGAAGAUUGAGGUGUUUAGGAACCUCUAUAAGGUUGAAGUCGAAAUUCGGAACGGGUUAUAUUGCUAAUAUUAGUUUUGUUGGAGGUGUUCCCGGACAAACAACUCCUGUUGACGCAGAACUGGAUGCUACCCAUGAGCGUAAAGCUCAGCUAGUGAAGCAUUUCUUCAAACAUCAUCUAGAUGUGGAGGCAAAAGAUGAAAAUAAGUCGUUUUUAACAUUCGUCAUUCCCCGCGAAAAAGAGAAGUUAUUACCGGACUUCUUUGCUGAGCUUGAAGAUAGAGAGGAUGAACUUGGAAUCUCAGACAUUCAACUUGGUCUUACAACGCUCGAAGAGGUUUUCCUGAGCAUUGCGAAACAGGCAGAGCUAGAAAGUGCGGCCAUCGAUGGGGCCAUGGUGACGCUAAAUUUAUCAUCCGGACCUUCAAUUCAGAUACCAAAGGGUUCAAGAUUUGUGGGGAUUCCUGGAACAGAAACAGCAGAUAAUCCAAGAGGUUUUAUGGUGGAAGUCUACUGGGAACAGGAUGAUUCUGGUAAUCUCUGCAUCUCAGGCCAUUCGCCUGAAAUCUCUAUACCACCAAAUAUACAAAUUCCAGAAAAUAAUUCCAAACGUAUUAGAAAUUCUGCAUCAAGGACUGGAUUUGUCAUUGACCCACAUCAAAUUCUGAAUAAAUGAUUCUUUUUAUUCAAAAAAUAAAGGGAAAUUUACAUACAUACCACAAUUCUCAUCUAUUCGCAUA